AUGAAUGAAAGAAAACGUCCCUUGUCUCAGAUAGAGUUAGAAAGAAUAGCACUUGCGAUUCAAAAUGACGAAUUGGAGGACGAUGAAGCAGCUGAAAGUGAAGAAAGUGAAACAGAAGAUUUUACAACAAAUGAAAUUUUAGAAGACGACGAGUUUGAUGCAGCUGAACCACAAAAUACUAAUGAAGAAAGUAAUCAGUGUAAUGACGUGAGCGAUAAUACUGCAGCUUCUUCAAGCAGUUAUGAGACAGAAAAUAGGAAAGCGAUAUAUGCGAAGAAUGGUCGUAAAUGGUAUUUGAAAAGUUUUCAUGCUAGAAAUGCAAGAACUGCCCGGAAGAACAUUGUACUUCAUUUACCCGGUCCAAAAGGUUGUUUGCGCAACUUGAAAUGCAUACGUAAAAUUUGGAAUUCAUUUUUUACUGACGAGAUCCUCGACAUAAUUGUUCAAUAUACAAACCACCAAAUCAAUAUAAAAAGGACACGUUAUAAAACCGCUCAGCGAUAUAUUGGUGAAACAAAUGUUGUUGAAUUGCGUGCUUUACUUGGUCUUUUAUAUCUUAGCGGUGUUAUGAAAAGCGCGCAUCUUACCCUACAUGAUUUAUUUUCAUUAGAGUUAGGACCUCCGGUUUUCAGAGCAACAAUGUGUAAAAACCGAUUUGAAUUUCUGAUCAAUUGUUUGCGGUUUGACAAUAAAGCGACAAGGGAAGAAAGGAAAAAACAAGACAAAUUCGCUGCUACCAGAGAGAUAUGGGAUAUUUUUGAGGGAUGUUGUAGAAGAAACUACAGCCCCUCAGAAUAUGUAACUAUUGAUGAAACUUUACUGGCAUUUAGAGGACGAUGUCCUUUUAAAAUGUAUAUCCCUAGUAAGCCGGAUAAAUACGGUUUAAAACUUGUGACCAUGUGUGAUUCAAGAACAUUUUAUAUGUGCUCGGCCAAGCCUUAUAUCGGUAAAGAGGUCAGGGAAGGACCGUUUUCCAUUCCGACACAUUAUGUUUUGAACUUGACGAAAGAAAUUCAAGGCUCAAACCGAAACUGCACAAUGGAUAAUUGGUUUAGUUCAUUAGAGGUAGCGGAAAAAUUAUUAGAACUCAAGCUAACCAUGGUGGGAACCUUGAGAAAGAACAAACCAGACAUACCAAAACAGCUUGUGGAAACAAAAGGAAAAGCGGUACAAUCGAGUAUGUUUGUACAUAACGACCAAAGCACUCUGGUUUCGUACGUCCCAAAAAAGAACAAAACAGUUAUUCUAAUAUCAACAAUGCAUACCCAACCAGAUAUAAAUGAACACACCAAAAAGCCAGAAAUGAUCAUGUUUUAUAAUGAAACAAAAGGUGGCGUUGAUACAUUCGACCAGCUAUGUCAUUCGACGACAGUGUCCAGAAAAACUCGUAGAUGGCCACUAAGAAUCUUUUAUGGAAUGAUGGACAUUGCAGGAAUCAACUCGUAUGUCAUUUACAAAUGGAACGAGGAUGCCGAUAAACCAGUUCAACGGUCAGCCUUCCUAAAGCAACUGUCUAUGUCACUGGUAGAAGAACAUCUUAGAGGCAGGAUGAAUAAUGGACGACUUCCGAGGGAAAUAAGAAGUAAUAUUCGCCAAAUAUUAAAGUGCGACGAAGAAGAGGUAUUGCAAAGGGCUGAGGGGCCAUUAGGUCGUUGUGAUUACUGCCCCAGGGCAAAAAACCGUAAAGCGCGAAACAAAUGCGAACAUUGCAAAAAAAGCGUAUGCGCCGAGCACCGCCUCAGCAUUUGUGUAGACUGCAAAUAA